AGUCCUUGGGGCCCGGCCCAAUCCCGAAGCAGGCCGGGCCAGCGGCGCUCGCUGAAAGGCCACUAAUGUAGCCUUGGUUUCAAACCUCUUCGGUAGAAUGACCUAGAUUUAACCAACCACAUCACUCCUUUAUUUUCUAAUUCUUUAUUAAGUCGUUUUUCAGUUGUCUGACUCUUCUGAGGCAAACGGCGUUGAGUGACUUGUCCAGGGUCACACAGCUAGUAAGUGUCCGAGGUCGAAUUCGGGCUUAAACUCGGGUCCUCGAUCCACCGCCCUCGGGAGUUGCCUUUGAGGCAGGAAGAUGGGUUCAAAUCGGGCCUCUCGGGGUUGCUGGCUAUUUGUUUCCCUGCCCUGGGGUUACACCGUAUGACAAGAAAGACCAACCUCCUGCUCUCUGGGAGCUUCCAGUCUUCAAUGACCUCGGACCCUAAACAACUGUUGUUUAAAUGCUAACUACAGUAGGCGCUUACAAAGACUCGGUGGCGGCUGCGACUCAGGAAAACGUAGAAAGUUGAACGGGCUUGUUCUCCCCAUCAGCUUGAUACGUUUACAUGAAGGAGCCUCUGUCCAGCACUUUAUUAACCGGUUGACUUUGGUCAUAAAGAAAACAAAUACUAGGUUGGGGGGAGGGGCAACACCACCAGCUCUUGGUAUUCAGAAAGUCCUCGUGAAGGUUGGCAUUUAAGCCAAACUUUUCAGGAAACUAGGGAUUCUGGGGGGGGCAGUGGCCAGGAAGAAGUGAAUUCCAGACAUGUUUAAAUGUCUCUCAUGUUGAAUCUCCUCAGACAGCUCCUGGAAUAUUUGGGUGUCCCCAUAGAACAGUUCACACCAAUAUGGGAAGCUCAUGCAAAUGGUCGAAGUAUUGUUCGAGUUAUAGUGACACGUUUACCUUCAAAUCUUUUUUCAAGAACUGACUUGUACCAGAUAUGGUCCACUUUUUUACCAAUAUGGGAAAAUAAGGAAUAUGGAUCUACUCGAAGUAUUGUUCGUAGCAUUGGGAAAAUUCUUCCUUUAGAACCUUGUCCAAGGCCUAACUUUGAGCUCUUCCAGUACUUGAACUCCUUAGACUAUGAUCGAUAUGGGUCUGCUCUGAGGCCCGUAGUUCCAUCAUUUGCUGAUAUCCUGUGUGUGGCAAAUGAAGAAGCCAGAUAUGCCAAAUUUAGAAAUUGUAUAUGGGAAAAUUAUGAGGACAAGAUUGAAAUUUUCAAUCCAGUGCCUCCACCUUUAAUUCCUUUGUCAUCUGCUUCAAGACAAAGAAAACAAAUAACAGAUGAUCUUCCUAUUACUGAAGCAGCAAUUAAAAAAAUAGCUGCCCUUGAAGAUGAGCUAACCAUUCUUCGUUCCCAGAUUGCUGCAAUUGUUGGAACGCAAAAAGCAGAAAACAGGUCUACUUUUGAUUCCUUGAAAUCAUAUGACAUGCCUGAUAAUUUGGGACUACCGUCAAUGCCUUCUUCACACUCCUCUGUACCAGAAUGUUUUUCAACUUCAGUGGUUCAUCCCCCACCUCCUCCACCUCUCCCACCUCCUCCACCUCUUCAGCCUCCUCCAUCAGAAUCUAAUAUUAAUGAUUCAGGCAACUCAAGAGAUGGACUUAUAAAAGAGCAGCACCAUGUUGCAAAUAAGACCAAUUCUAGCAAAUGUGCAGAAAACCAGAGAACUAAAGAAGUUCCCAGCAUGAUGGAUAUUCUCAAGGAUAUGGAUAAAGUCAAGCUGCGUGCCAUUGAACGGUCACCUGGAGGGAGACCUGUUCAUAAAACAAGAAGACAAAGUUCACAUUGGGAUCCAGUGUCUAUAAUUUCCCAUGCCCUUAAGCAAAAAUUUGCAUUCCAGGAAGAUGAUUCCUUUGAAAAUGAAAGUAGUUCUCAGGACUCUUCAUUUUUCAGUCCAGAAACUCCAAAGUUUGAACGUCGUAUCCUGCAGCCAAAUGGACAAUGUACCCAAGAAGAAAUCGACAAAGUAUCACAAAGGUGUCAUUGUUAAAAGCUUCAUUUCUCUGGUUAAGAAUGAGCCAAACUUGAAGGAAAAAUGCAUGUGCCUCAUAAUGUGUUGAAUAGUGGCAGGACCACUUUUUAAAGCAACUAAAUAAAAUGUAUGCACUGGAAUAUAUUAAUAUGUAACUGAAAAACUCAAGCCCACCUGUGUGACUGCUUAUAGAUUUCCCCACAAACUUCUGAAUGAGAUGUGUGUAGGUUUUUCUUGUAUAUACAUUUGUUUCUUUAGAACAUAUAUUAGAUGACCUAUUAUUUCUUGUAAUAGAAGGCUGGAGUGUUGCCAUGAGAGAAACCAUUUUAGUGUAUAAAUGAAACCUUAGACUGCAGUAUAGUAUUGGAAAACCAUUUACUCAAGAAGGUGCUAAGGAAUCAGAACUCCUCUUCCAGUUUACAAAAGCUGCUAUGCCAGUCUAAUGGAUAUCCUUCCUAAUUUACUCAAUUAAUUCAGGUUGGUAGCCUUGUGCCUUUUACUGAAGUGUAGCAAUCUCAGCUGGCUUUCAAUUUUCAGUAAUCUGAUGGUCUUUAAAGAUUGUAAGACUAUAAUUUCUUUAUUCAAACAGCUAUAGGUUGACUCACUAAAUGGUUGCACUUUGAGACUUCUAAAAUUGUUCGUGUUAUGUUCUUAUGUUCACAGUUUGUUUUUUGACCUUAAGUGUGGUUUUACUGAAAUGCUGCAAGUAUUAAUUUUUAGGGAAUCUUUUGUUUCUCAAACAUUGCAUAAGCUUGUUGUAUAAAUUUGUAUCAUGAAUUUUUCUUUCAUUUAUUUUCUAUGCUGAACUUUUGUAAAUGGUUUGUAAAAUAAAUGUGCCUUCCAUACUUGUACUUGUUAUCAACUGAAGUGUAUUUGCUUUGUUCUGAAAUAGAUUUUACUGGGAGGUUUGGGGUUUAGGAGCAAAGGAGAAGAAAAACAUCACUUUCCCCACAUUUCUUUAUGAAUUUGGUACCUUAGAUGGUAUUUAUAAAAUGCCACAUGUGAGGCUGCCACUUCACUGGUUGGUAAAGUAGUCUAGGUAUUCUGGGAGAAAUGAAAACUGUUUCAUUACUUUUAAUCUGUAUAAAUGAUAAUUUAUUUUUGUUUUAAGUGAAUUUUAAAAAAUGUGAUUCUUAAACAUAAGACUUUAUUAAAACAGUUGUUCUUUGAAUCACCUAGUCAUUCUCACUUUUCUAAAACUGUUUUAUCUCUUGUUUCUCCUGUUCUUAGGAAAAAUAGAACAACAUUCCCUUAUAUUCUUCUGGAAAUUGUGUGUAUGGGGGGAUUACAAGCGAGGAAAGUAUUAAUUCAUAAAAACAUUUAGUUGUAAUUCCACUGGUUUUGUGUAUCAAUAGACCUGGGUUCUGGUGCUGAGUCAGCUGCCAUGUAGUUUUUGUGAUCUUGUACAAUUGUAAUAUGACUUUUCUGAAAUUUAAUUUCUAUUUCUCUUAAGAGAUAUACUAGAUGCUGAUCUGCAGGGUCUCUUCUUGUUACAA